AUGAAAUCCUGUCAGCAAUGUCGAGAUACCAAGCGCAAAUGUUUGCCUAGCAAGGGCAGUGAGUCAUCGUCUUCCUGUAACCGCUGCCUACGCCUUCACCUUGAAUGUUCACAUUCUCAGGCCAGGCGACUAGUGCGGACGCGGCUCGAGGCACGUCAGCCCGUUGCUUGGACAUCAGCAGAAUCUCAGACUCGGUCCACGAGAGUAGAGGCUUUCCUCUCCGACGAUGUGUCUGUUGGGUUGCUGAUCCACGAAUAUCUGUCCAAGAUUCACGGUCGGCCCCAUAGCAUUUUUCAUGCAGCGACUCUGUGGAAAGACAUUCGCGACCGGCGAGCCAGCAAGGCUUUGGUUCUGGCUAUCUGCGCAAUGGGCGCUCACGUUGCAACGCAGCCAGCUCUACGAUCACUGGAGCCUCUGCUCACCGCAGAGUCCAAACGGCUACUUCAGAUCGAUCUUGAGCGAGUGUGUCUGGAAAACAUUCAAACCUGCAUUCUAGUGGCAAAUCUCUGCGUGGCACAUGCAAACCCAUCGUCGGAGUUUCUGUUCUUUCGAACAGCAAUUGCAAUGAUGCAAUUGAUGGAAUCCCGUACGACACAAGCGAACGACAACGCAGUCUCGCAUGAGCUCCGGAUCCGAAUCUGGUGGGCCCUUUUUGCAGCGGAUAGUUGGUGCUCUUCGAGCCUCGGCUUCCCCCGCCAUAUGAAGGACUGGCCACGACCAGCUCGUUUACCCAUUGAUGAGCGCUUGUUUGCUGACAUGAAUCCAGACGAGCCACUAAAUGACCCAAAAGGGCCAUGUGAGAGCCCUGGCCUGUGGGCACACAUGGCCACGCUCAUCGAAGUGUUCAGCCCAAUCCAGGAACUUAACUGGCGCGCAGCCAACAAUGAGGGACUGCAACUGGAUCAAAUUGAGCAGGACACGGAUUAUCUCGCCCAACUGCUGGAUCACUGGCAAAUGACACUUCCGCCCGAUGUCCAGUUGACGGAAUCGAACCUCAUAGCGCACAGCAAACGGGGCACGGGUGGCAUCUUCAUGGGCCUCCAUCUAGGCUUUCACCACUACGCCGUCUUACUCUUUUACCAGUAUCUUGAUACACAAUCCACGUUUAGUACGCGUGCUCGGCGAUUUGCAGCUCGAUGUAAACACCAUGCUCUCAGUUAUAGCACAUGGCUCGCCAGGGGGAGAGAGCAGCCCGGAUGCGAGGCCGUGUAUCCAACUGUCGCGCAUAUGGCGAUCGUCUCCUCUUCCGUUCUUCUUCAUACUCUCCUUUUUGGGGAGGAAGACGAACUUCCACAGUCACGCCACUGCCUGGGAGCGAAUUUUGAGGCAUUGCUCGAGUUGGAAGAGUACUGGCCCAUUGUCAGGACUAUGGUGAACCGUCCCUUGCGUUGA